CGGAACAAGAAGAGACAGACACGAUGAAAGCGUCGUAUUUUGUGACAGUUUUAUUGCUUUCAGACAUAACAUUGACUUCAGGUUUUAUCAUGGAAUCCAUUGUAUGUGGUUCUGCUGUUGCUGCAUUUUUGUAUGCAUUGUCUCAUUGGGAUAAUGUAUUGCCUUUUGAUCAUAAACGUUUGGAGAAGGAUUUAAAUGAGAAUCUCCACGGCCAACAUAUCGUGUCGAAAGUUGUUCUGAGAACUGUAUCGUCAUUUAUGACGGACAGUAACCCGAACAAACCCCUCGUGCUCUCCUUCCACGGGACCGCAGGAGUGGGGAAAAACCACGUGUCUAAAAUCAUCGCAAGAAACAUUUACAAACUAGGGGACAAGAGCGAACAUUUUAUCAUGUUUGUAUCCCAACAUCAUUUUCCACACAAAGACAAAGUCGACAUGUACAGCGCAAGACUAAAGGAGCAGAUUCAUCAGCACGUAUCACGUUUCCCUCGGACCAUGUUUGUAUUUGAUGAAAUGGACAAGAUGAAUCCACGGCUGGUCGAGACCAUCAAACCUUUUCUGGACUAUGCGACACAUGUGGAUGGCGUCUCAUUCCGCAGUGCAAUCUUCAUUUUUCUAAGCAAUGCAGGUGGAGAUGUGAUCAACAACGUAGCUCUGGAUUUCUGGAAGGCAGGUUUGGAGAAGGAUUUAAAUGAGAAUCUCCACGGCCAACAUAUCGUGUCGAAAGUUGUUCUGAGAACUGUAUCGUCAUUUAUGACGGACAGUAACCCGAACAAACCCCUCGUGCUCUCCUUCCACGGGACCGCAGGAGUGGGGAAAAACCACGUGUCUAAAAUCAUCGCAAGAAACAUUUACAAACUAGGGGACAAGAGCGAACAUUUUAUCAUGUUUGUAUCCCAACAUCAUUUUCCACACAAAGACAAAGUCGACAUGUACAGCGCAAGACUAAAGGAGCAGAUUCAUCAGCACGUAUCACGUUUCCCUCGGACCAUGUUUGUAUUUGAUGAAAUGGACAAGAUGAAUCCAAGGCUGGUCGAGACCAUCAAACCUUUUCUGGACUAUGGGACACAUGUGGAUGGCGUCUCAUUCCGCAGUGCAAUCUUCAUUUUUCUAAGCAAUGCAGGUGGUGAUGUGAUCAACAACAUAGCUCUGGAUUUCUGGAAGGCAGGUAAAAACAGAGAAGAACUACAGAUGAAGGAGAUGGAGACUCAGAUCCUUCAAAACAUCGUCAAUGAUAAGAGCACAGGUGGAUUUUGGCACUCCUCUCUAAUAAAUCACCACCUGGUGGAUCACAUUGUUCCUUUUCUCCCUCUGGAAAUGAAGCAUGUACGCCAGUGUGUUUUGACUGAAAUGGUCAAUCUGAACAUCAAUUUACAACAUCACGCUCAUCUGGCAGACACAGUGGCCAGAGACAUGCCCUUCUUCCCCUCAGACAAAAUCUUCUCUGUUAAAGGCUGCAAGUCAGUCAGACAGAAGCUGAUGCUGUACGUUGAUGACUAGAUAAGAAACAUAUAACUUUUGUUUACAUAGAUGUUUCUGCACUUGAAGACACCUUCAGAGACGUAUUCUAUAGAUUUACUAUCAUUGUGUCUGAUUAUAUUUAACUGAUUGUUGUUUGAUAAUAUCAGAUUUUUACACACAUUUUAAUUCAGUAGCCUUAGAAACAGGGCCUGAUGGAGAGAUGUUCUUCAUUCCAUUCUGACAUCAAGGAUGAAUGUUACUGAAUGACAGUGAACGAAAGUUUGAAUUGAAUUCAAUUUUAAAAAAUGUA